AUAGAAAGUUUUUUUUUUUUACCUCCACUUUGGCAUUAGUCCAUCUUGGUACUUCUACUACCAUGUUAACAAUAGAUUUGUCAUUGUUAGGAUAAAGAGGAAUAUCAUGAAAUGGAGAGAUCACUUGGCCAUUGUUUUCUACAUAUAAAAUCUGUCAAUCACCCUUUCUUUUAUAUAUAUUUAAAGUUACCAAAAUAAACGCGAUGGUUAGGGGUAAAAGGUUGUCCCUUUGUAAAUGUCUUGAUAGCCAUUGUUCUGAAGGUUGUAUGUUGCCAUGCUUUGGUAGUUGUAUUAAUCUAUAUUGUAUACAAUGCGACCUGAUGAACACAAAGCAAAAGAAUCACGAAGAUAUCAACAACGCAAGAAAAAACAAGGUGAUUCUACAGCAGCCGAGAUAGCAGAAGAAAGAAAACGUCGAGCUAGAGCUAAUGACAAGGGAACAAGUAUAGCAGCUAUUCGACGACGCAAUGGUGAACUACCUUCCACAACUACCCAGACAACUUUUACCAGUAUCAAAACUGGUCAAUUCUCUAAGCGUAAAAUCAUUAACAAUCAAGAUAGAUAUAAAGAACGAUCACUACAAGAUGAUAUUGAUCAAGAUGCUGAACUAGGUAUCGAUCGUGAAACAACAGAUUUAGUGACCAUGUUGGAAGAUGCUGAAGGACAUUUAUCUGGUGGAUCAACUUAUUUCAAAUUCAAAGAAGAACAGGAAUUAUCUUCAACCUACAAAGAUGAGUCAUUAUUACAAGUGAAUUUUGAUGCACUCGAAAAGAAAUUUCAACAAACAGAAACUAGGAUAUUACUUGGAUUAUCAAAGGAUGAUAUGGAUGUGAUCGAAUGUGCUUUUGAACAAGAUUUUAUCGGUUUACAAAAACCAUUGAUACCCGCAAUGAACAAAACAUCUCAAGGUGUUAUACUAUUGAAAUCAUCGUCAUUGGAACAACAACAACAGUCAAAGAACGAUGGUAUUUAUAUUCGAAACGAUCGGUCCAAUCAACGAAUAACACCAAAGCAGGAUGAAAGAAGUGAAUCAAAUGUGAAACUAAAAGAGGAUGAAAAAGAAUUGGACGUAUUACUUGGAUUCGAGUCAACAAAUAAUGUAAUCCAAGAUACCACCAAAUCAACAACUGCAACCAGUACAAAAUUAGUAAAACCGUCUAUGCCAAAAUUAAAAGUCCCAGGAUCUGCAUUACCCAAGUCUGUGAUCAAGAAUGACAAAAGCACGGAUGAUCAAGCUUGGUUGGAUGAUCUAUUAGGAUAGUUUUUAAUUGAUUGUGAUGAUGAUGGAUGACGAUAGAAAAAAAAAACCUUGUAUCAAUUAGAAUAAAAUGAUGGCGAAGAUACCAAUGAGUUGGACAUUUGUUUGUUUAUAAGUAAAUAAAAAAAAAUUGGAUGAUUGUAUUAUUUUGUCCCCA